AUGGCCCCGCGGGCUCCAGCAGCCCUGCUGGUUGGACGCCAACAAGCGCGUACCUUUUUUGCCUACCAAAAGACGAGCCCAGCAGUGACGUCGCUUGUGGAACAGGCCGUGCGCGACGAAACUCGUCGUCAACGUGACGAGCUGGUCCUCAUCCCAUCCGAGUCGAUUUGCUACCCCGAGUGCGAGAAGGUCUUGGCAUCUCCUUUUGGCAACAUCUACGCUGAAGGACAGCCCGAUUUGCGUCUCAGCCGCAGCGACCGCGUCGAGCUCCUCGCCAAACACUAUGUGGCCAACACCUUUGCCCGCCUGGAGGGCGGCAUCUCGGCCGAUCGUAUCCAUGCCAACGUCCAGGCCCUUUCUGGCUCCCCUGCCAACCUCGCCAUCUACGCUGGUCUGCUCCGCCCAGGAGACCGCCUUCUCACGCUUCACCUCUCGCACGGUGGUCACCUCUCCCAUGGCUCCCCCUUCAACGUGUCUGGCAAGCUCUAUGCUACCACCCAGUACCAGAUCGACCCCAACUCACGCAAGCUUGACUACGAUGCCAUUGCUCGCUUGGCCCAGGAGAAGCGCCCUGCCAUGAUUGUGGGUGGUGCCUCAGCCUACCCUUUUGACUGGGACUGGGCUCGACUCCGCGAGAUUGCCGAUGACGUUGGAGCCUUGCUCCAUGCUGAUGUUUGCCAUCUGGCUGGCCUCAUCAUUGGCGGUCAGCUCCAGAACCCUUUGCCCUAUGCUGACACAGUCAUGUUCACCACCCACAAGACCCUCAUGGGCCCCCGAGGUGCCGUCAUCGUGACGAAGGACAAAGAUAUGGCCCGCCGCAUCGAUAAUGCCGUCUUCCCCGGCAUGCAGGGUGGCCCCCACAUGAACAGCAUUGCCGGCAUUGCCCGCAUGUUUGAGCUCAUUGACCAUCACUACGACGACUACAAGGAGCUUCAACGUCUGGUUGUGCACAACUCCAAGGUCUUUGCCGAUGCAUUGGUGUCGCAAGGCUUCUCGCUCGAGUACGGCGGUACCGAAAACCACAUGGUGCUGAUCGACCUCAAGAAGUACCGCGUGGCCGAUGGUUGUCCUCUGGACGGUGAGACGGCGUCCCGUCUGCUCGAGAAUGUUGGCAUUAUUGUCAACAAGAACACUCUGCCUGGCGAUGAGAAUGCUUCCGACUCUAGCGGUUUGCGUGUGGCUACCCCUUGGUUGACGCAGCGCGGUGUCACUGAUGCCCAAAUCCACGAGCUGGCCACUAUCAUGCAGUGA